AUGGCCACUAUCCAGCUGCCCCCGGGCGUGGACCUCUGCCUGGUCCCGGCAGCCAUGCCCCCUCCCGGCGUUGUCCCCAACUUUGACAAUCCGGAAUCGCUCGCGACGGCCAUCAUCGCGGUCACAGUCGUCAUGUUGACAAUAUCAACAAUCUUCCUGGCUGUGCGGGUAUUUACAAAUUUCCCCAAGUAUAAUUCAGCAGACUACUUUGCCUUCAUAGGCUUCCUACUCAACAUAGUUUACACCGGAGUUCUGCUGUCAGUGACUGAGUAUUCCCGGCAUCAGUGGAACGUCCCCGUGUGCUGGUACACUGCGUCCUACAUGAAGAUCCUCUUCGCCCAGGGAGUUAUGCUCGGCCCCGUCAUCUUCUUCCUGAAAACAGCCAUCUGGCUGCUGUACCUGCAAAUCUUCUCCGCACACAGGACCAUCCGGAUCAUCGUCUACGUGGGCAUCGUCGUCACCGCCCUCACCUACUGGACCACCGUGCCUCUCGAGCUCGCCUACGGGUGCCCGACGCCUGGUACGACGUGGACAGACCUCUUGACGGACGGCAAGCCGGCCAAGCUCAUCUACUAUGGCCCCGUUCAGGGGUCGUUGGCCGUCAUCAUCGACAUCUGCAUCUUCGUGCUGCCGCUUCCAGUACUGUGGAAACUCAACAUGACUCUCAGGAAGCGAAUUGCUUUGUGCGCCGUCUUCUUCACUGCCUUGCUGGGAGUCAUCUCCAGUGUCGUCGCACUGAGAGCCCGCGUUAAGCUGUUUGGCACAUCAGACCUCACCUGGCUGGAGAGCCAGCUCUUUAUUUGCAUAAUCGUCGAAAACAACAUCGCCCUCAUUGUCUGCUGUGUCCCCUCCUUCAAUAACGGCAGCCACAGUAGCAGAAACAGCGGCAAGAGCGACCACAGAUACGAGGGGAAAGGAGGCUAUAGUCCUAACAGUCGUGGAGAGGUUAAGCGCCUCGGAAGCCAUCAGAUCAUCCAAGGCUACAGCUUGAACAGAGACAGCUCCAAGGAGACUUAUGAGCACAAAGACUCUUUGGAAGAGAGCAACAGGUGCUUUACAUCCUACGGACAAGGUGCCGGCAGCUCCGAUUAUAUCAAGUACCCAUCACGAGUGGUGCAGAUCGAAGGCGGCAUCAACCGUGAGCAGACAGGGGCUGACGCUGCAAAUGCCCGCUCAGAGGGUAUCAUGAGGAGCUUUGAGAUUAGGCAGGAGGUUCAUCCCGAGGAUGUGGUCUAG